AUGGCCUUAGGUAUCCUGUGGCUGGGCCUUGCCCUGCUGGGUGCUCUGCAGACCCAUGCCCAGGAUUCCACCCCAAACCUGAUCCCAGCCCCGCCUCUGCUCUUGGUCCCUGUGGAGCCUGACUUCCAGAAUGAGCAGUUCCAGGGGAAAUGGUACUUCUUAGGAUUGGCAGGGAACGGAUUCAAUAAAGAAAAGCACAGGAGGAUGAAGAUGUACAUUGCCAACUAUGAGCUGAAUGAAGACAACAGCUACAAUGUCACCUCUACUGUGGCCUGGAACCAGACCUGUCAUCCCUCGACCAAAAUUUUCCUCCCAAAUUUGCAUCUAGGCCAAUUCAACCUGGGCAACAUUGAGCGUUAUACUGGAAUCCAGAACUACACUUCAAAAGUGGUGACCACAGACUACAACCAGUUUGCCAUACUGUACUUCAAGAAAGUUCAUGACAACCAGGAGUACAUCAAGGUCAUCCUCUAUGGGAGGACCAAGGAGGUCCCUUCUGUACCGAAGGCAAUCUUCAUCAGCUUCAUCAAAUCCCUGGGCCUCACCGACGACCACAUCAUCUUCCCUAUCCCCAAUGGUAAUCACCAGCUGGGCAGAGGAGAAAGGCACAUGGGGACUGUCCAGGCCUGAUGUUGCCUCACUA